CCAUGCCCGCCCCAUGCGUCCUCUGCCUGCUCGCCGCGCUCCUGGCUGUGGCUGACGCCCAGACAACAGCAAGGUCCUGUUACCAAUGCAAGAACCGUAAUGCAGGGAGAUGCUCUGAUGUGCCAAAGCCCUGCCCUGCUGGUCAAGGCGCCUGCCUCAGUGUCUGGGAAGCAAACACGCUGGUCAAAGGAGCUGUUAAAAAUACCGGCACUUUCUACUCCUGCGUCCCCUCAACCAUCCUCUCCAGGAACAUCUCCCUCUUCUUCGGGAAUGGGGUGUAUGUGGAGAUUCAAUCCCAGAUCUGCUCUGUGAACGACUGCAAUAACGCGUUCACUCCUGUCUGGCCGAUCAUCAACACCGUCUACACGGGAGGCCGGUGCCCGAUCUGCUUUGCCCCGGGUCGGAGCAGCUGUUCCAGCAAGGAGACCCUGCAGUGCGAGGGCCGCGCCAGCCAGUGCAUUUCCAUCAGCGGGCAGAUCUCGGAAGAUGACAUCACGAUACCCUUUGCAGCGAAAGGCUGUGCCACCCCACACGCCUGCGCCAUCGAGAAGGGCGUGAUUCUGGAUUCAGGAGUGUUCACCUACCAAAUAACACAGACUGAGUGUUACACGCCCAGCGGCGCUCAGCGGAUGCUGGGCCCCUUCGGCCUGGGCAGCAUCUUGCCCAGUCUGGCUGGGCUCCUGGCAGUGAAAUUCCUCUCUUAACGCCCCCUCUGUGUCACCCCCCGCCCAGGGGGAUCCAUCCAGCAGCUGAAUGAUGCCCUCAUGGUCUGUGUGUCUCUCUUCUCUCCCCCACCCACCCGUGCCUCAGUUUCCCCAUCUGUGUCCAAAGGAUAACAAUGUUGAACUGCUUUUGCAAAGAUCCAGGGAUUCAGGGCCCAACCCAAAGCCCACUACAGCCAGAGUGGGAGGAGGGGGCGGGGAGUCUCUGGACAGACUGUGAUGUGCUGUGUUACAGCGCUGAGUCUUAUUGUAUUCCACAGCAGCCCCCAAGAUUCCAGCCUGGGGACAGAACCCAGGAGUCCGGGCUCCCAGCCCCCCCAGCUCUAACUCACCAGCCCCCACCCCCCUCCCAGAACUAGGGAGAGAA